CACCAAAACCCCAUCACCAAAAAACACAGGCCUCAACCGGAAAACCAGAAAUCAUAACACCGGAAAACCAGAAACCACAACACCAAAAUGAAAAAGUGCGAGUUAUGCAGCCACAUCGCCAGAAUCUACUGCCACUCCGAUAACGCAUGCCUCUGCUACAACUGCGAUCAAACCGUUCACUCCUCCAAUUUCCUCGUCGCCAAACACUCCCGCACCCUCCUCUGCCACAAAUGCCAAUCUCCGACGCCGUGGACCGCCUCCGGCCUCAAUCUCGGCCGCGCCGCCACCGUCUGCGUCACCUGUCUCGACGAUAAUCACCGCGAAAACGACGUCGUUGAGGAGAAUCGUGUCGUACACGAAACCGAAGAAACUGACGGUGACGAUACAGAGUCAAUCGAUGAGAGUGACGAAGAUGACGAGGAGGAUGAAGAUGCGGAGAAUCAGGUGGUGCCGUGGUCCUCCGACGCAUCUCCGCCGGUCAACGGUUGUUCGAGUAGUGAGGAUGUUUCUUCAAGCAGAGUUUCAUCUGAAGGUUUCAGAUCUAUAACUUUUGGUGAACGAGUGGAUGCUUAUAUCGAUUCUGAGGAUGAUACUGUGUGUUCAUCAGAGAGAUUCAAUACCAGUAAAAGGAGUAUGGAGACUGCAUUAACGUGUUCCAGACCGUUGAAGGUGAUUAGAUCAGAUUGAAAUUGAGUCACAGGAUAUUAGUUUUUGAUCGAUUGACACGAUUAUGGAUGAAAUCGUAUCCGAUUCGGUUAAUUCGGUUCGGUUAGGGCAACACGAUUAGCGAAUUGACGGUUCUACAGUUGAUAACAUUCAAUCAAAAUUUGUGAAUUGAUGGUAUGAUCUUGUGACAUUUAAUCAAAAUUUGGUUUGUUAUUUACAUUGUUUGGUGUUAUGUGAAAAAGCUUAGAUGUUGUUAAUAAUAUGUGACAAGUGGAUCAAUUGCUUUUGAUAAAGGCUCCAUGAUUUGCUCA